CGGGAAAAGGUGGAUUACAAACUCAGACAGCUGAUGAUGGAAGAUGAAGAAUACAAUUACUUUUAUUCGAAGAGGGAUAAUAAUGGCCGAGUGUCUAGGAAUAGCUCUAUGAAAUCGAGUCGAGAUAGAUUGACUUUUUCUGGAAAUUUCACAAAAAGCCAAAGAAUAUUCAAUAUCGGCUCACCAAAGAGGCGAGCCAGUAUGAAAAAAGAUAUAAUGGAUACUGUUUUGAAGAGAGCGGAGUCCAAGAUGGUGACAUUGAAGAGUCAGGGAAGAGAUGAGACAGAAGAGUUUGUCGAUGAUAAUCCUAUGUAUGAGGACCCUAGGGAUGUUAUUGGGGAAAAGCCUGCAAAACCACCAAGGAAACGUAAUCUGCAAGGGGUCGCUGUCACAUCUCCCAAGCUGAGUAAAGAAGGCAGGUCACUUCUGAAAGAACAGAAAAGAAAAUUAACAAAGAAGUAUGAGAGUCUCAUCACUACUCUUAUGGACAGGUGUGAAGAGAAUGUUAUCAUGAUAACUGAAAAAGAUGCGAGCAUAGCGAAGCUAAAGGAGAAACUCAAAACCGUUUUAGAGUACAACAAAUUGUUCGCCGAAGAGAAUGAUCAGCUCAAGAACCAGUAUACCACCCUGGCGAAGUACGUCGAAGAGUGCAAACAAGUGAUCAGGGAAGAGAGGGACAGGUGCAGGGAGCUGGAGGCCAAAUGCAAAGAGUUGGGGGAGAAAGUUAAACAGUACGAAGUGCCUGACAGAGAUACCGCAGUUACAGCCAUACCAUUGGUGGAGGUGUGUAUGAGCUGCAGUAGCCGACAGAUUAUUUUGAAUCAGGCACGGGAACAGAACAUCCGUCUGCAGAAAGAUAUGCAGGCUUUGAAGGACGUCCUUUAUAGGCUGAACGUCCAGCUUUCCCGAUACCAGGAGAAACUCCGUAGCAAUAUGCCCAAUAUCGCGGAUAGUAAAGGAGAUUAUGUUCACAGACCUAAGGACAAAUACGAUGCCCUGGAUUCACUGCUCACUACAAGUCUGGGAUAUAAAGGUCCUUCAGAAACUGGGAACAAUGACGAGACUUAUACAAAAAGCAAUGCAGAUGACCAAACCCAGACCGGAAGGUUAGUCGACUUGUCUGGGUUGCUCAGUGCUCAAGCGUUAGCGCCCCUAUUCGACGCAUACCAAGAGAAUUUGCAAGAAAAAGACAGCCUCAUCAUAGACUACGAAAAGCAGUUCGAAAACAUGAACAAGAAAUCGAAACAGAUCGUGGACGAAAACAAAGCGUUGACGGAAAAGGUAGCCAUUUUGGAAGAGGAGUUGGUGCAAGUGAGACAGAGUCAGAAGAAGUUGUAUGUGGAGAGAGAGACGGCAGAUAUCGAGAAGGCUACUUUGGUAGAAAGGGCACAGAAGGCGGAGACUAAAUUGAAAGAAGUUUAUGAGAUGUAUGAAGAUAAAAUGUCAGCAAUGAUGCGAGACUACGAAACAGUACAUCGCGAGUAUUACGCCACAAGAAGUGCUCUAGAAACGACUGAGAGUAAACUGGCACAAUUGGAUGUAUUUCGGGCCAGGACUGUCCCCGCUGAUUUACACGAACGCAGACUUGACCACUGUAAAAGGUUGUUAGAAGAGCUGAAACACCAUUACUCCAUGGAAAAUGAACGCAAAACUGAAUUGAUAGGGAAACUACAAGAACAGCUGAAGGCUAUCGAAGAGAAGUAUACCAAGAUGUUUAAUGAACAUGAAACUGUGAAGAAAGAAUUGAAAACGGCUCUCAAGAAUGUCAGGUUGUACCGCAAAGCAGCAGUGAUAUUCCGUCAGCGUGUGAAGGCAGCCACUGCCCGGGUAACGAGGGCUAGAAGAAGUGUACGACGGGCGCGAAGCAAUGCAGAACCACUCAAACAGGCCCUGGACGCAGUCGAGAGGAUCAAGAAGGAGAUCAAGGUAGUAAAAGCCCGUGCCUACACCUCCCUCGAAGAACUGGAGCGACGUAUAGUCGAGCAAGAACGCCGCGCGGCGCUGGCUCAAGCCGAGUAUAGGCGAGAACUGGAGAGAGCCUCUCUGGCACUGGAACACAAGGAAGGAAUCAUACGCAGCCUUAUAGACAAAGUAGCGGAUGUGGAGGAAGUUAGACUCAGUCAGAUCAACACUCAGCGACUGCAAGGCAUAGUGACUGAUUCGGAUCCACCAUCACCCAACGAGAGGCGGGACAAGCCAGUGAAACUGGUGCCGGGCCCAGGCGGCGGCUACUUCCAGGAGAAGGAGGGCAAGAAACGGACCAAGUGAGCUUCUCGUCUCUUUCGCGUCGAGAAAGGAUAGUAAUCGAGAAGGGGUCGUUAUGAAUAGUCGUGGCGAUCACAAACUUUAUGGCCUUGAAGUUAGCAGCGAGCUCAACAUUGCGCGGAUACUACAAUGCGCUAAGGAUCUUUAUAAACAUGGAGGUUAGAGAGAAGGAGAACGAUCGCU